AUGCCGGUUCCGAUCACCACCGGGCCAGUCCAUAUUCCCCUCUCGGACGAAGAGCGUAUCUCAGGCAUAUUGACCCCUCUUCAUCUGUAUGAUGCGGUCGAUGCCCUGCGGAGCGAUGGGGUGGUCAUUUUGGACAAUGCGGUCGCCGUCGAGGUGUGCGACAAGCUGAACGAACGGAUGACAUCCGAUGCGAAACUCAUGUUGACGCGAAACAAAGAUCUCAAAUGGGGACAAGGGAAAGGACAUGGCAAUCUUUUAGUUCCUCCACCACUAUCGCAGGAGUUCCUGUUUCCCGACAUCUACGGCAACAAGGCAGCGACCAGUGUCAUUUCGCACGUCAUCGGCCCCAACCCAGAAGUCCGGUUCUUGUUGUCCAACACUUCAUUUCCGAAAGAAGGAGUCCGGCAGCCAGUACACAAAGACGGUCGACACCUUCAUCCGACCCAUCCAUAUUGCAUUGCAAUGAAUGUCAACCUCAUCGAUGUCUCCCCAGAGAGCGGCUCUACUGAGCUUUGGUUGGGAACCAACAACGAUAGUCCUCCCACGGAUUGGAUCGAGCCUGGUGUCUCGCAUAUCAACCCGGCUUUGCUCGAACCAAGGAGAGCUAUCAGGCCGCCAUUGCAGCCCACUGUGAAAAAGGGCGGAGUUGUUCUGCGAGAUCUGCGAUUAUGGCAUGCUGGGGUCCCUAAUCCAAGCGACGACAUCCGAGUAAUGAUCGUACUCCUCCACUUCGCUCAACUCGAUGAGAACAGGUGGUUCGGAAAUGGCGAGUAUAUACAGAUGCCAAGAUCGUUGCAGCCAGCAAUCGAAGCGACGAGCGCCAGGGCAGGCAACAAGUUCAUCUGUCAAUGGGUCGAGGACAAGAAUUGGAACUACCUCGACUCGAGGUUUGCCCAGGAUUUCAGUUCAAAGGUCCAUCCCGAGUUCUGGGAGCCAUACCGAGAGGCCAGCGAGGCUAAGUUGGCGAAAAUGAACAUGUAG